AUGGAUGAGGACAUUAAACAGAAAAUGGAAAGAUUACAACAAAACAGUAAAGAUGUACUAGACUUGUCUGCUGUAUUGGAACUGAAGCUUCUCGGCUUCAAUGAACAGAAGGAAAACAUGACUGGAUUCUCUGAGACAUUUGAGAGGCAGAAGGAAGUUCUCAAACGUCUCCUGUCAGAAACCAUCACAAAGAGAGAAGACAUGGAAAGUCAAUGGAAGCUAAUGGUUGACUCUGGAAAACAAGAUGUGGAGAAACUGAAGGAACAAAUGAACAAUGAAAGACAGGAUCUCCAAACGCUGAAAGACACCAUGAACACAGAGAAGCAAGAACUGGAGAACAUGAGAUCUGACAUCCAGAAACAAAAAGACAUCUUAGAACAAGCAGAAAACGACAUAAAAAACCAAAGUGAUGAGCUGGAAAUCUCAAAGAGUGAGCUCCAAAUAAAGAUGAAAGCUGCAAACGACCUGUUUGAUGAGAUAAAUCAAGAAAAAUCCAAACUGGGAGACCUGAGCUCCCAUGACCAAUCCCAAAGACAAAGACUUGAGGAGGACAUGGAAAGAAGGAACCUUGACCAAAAGGAAAUAGAGAGAAAGAACGAAGACUUGCAAAGACAAACACAAGAACUAGAAUUGGGCAGGAAACAAAUCCAAGCAGAAUGCGAAGAUUUGGAGGUUCUGAUGAGGUCUACAAACCAGAUGAAAGAAAAGGUUGAAGCUGAUGCUGCCAUGAUCUGUAAAGAACAAGAAGUGCUCAAUCAAAUAAAGAUGGACAAUGACAAAGACAGAGAAAUGCUUUCCAAUGAGCGGCAAAGAUUGGAGGGAGAAUGGUCACUGCUGAAAAUGAGAGAAGAGCAAAUCUUGAAUACAGAGAAGUCAACAGAAAGUCUGAGACUUAAACUCCUACACCUCAAAGAACGAAUGGAUGAGGACAUUAAACAGAAGAUGGAAAGAUUACAACAAAACAGUAAAGAUGUACUAGACUUGUCUGCAGUAUUGGAACUGAAGCUUCUCAGCUUCAAUGACCAGAAGGAAAACAUCACUGGAUUCUCUGAGACAUUUGGGAGGCAGGGGGAAGUUCUAAAACGUCUCCUGUCAGAAACCAUCACACAGAGAGACAACAUGGAAAGUCAAUGGAAGCUAAUGGUUGACUCUGGAAAACAAGAUGUGGAGAAACUGAAGGAACAAAUGAAGAAGGAAAGACAGGAUCUCGAAACGCUGAAAGACACCAUGAACACAGAGAAACAAGAGCUGGAAAACAUGAGAUCUGACAUCCAGAAACAAAAAGACAUGUUAGAACAAACAGAAAAUGACAUAAAAAACCAAAGUGAUGAACUGGAAAUCUCAAAGAGUGAGCUCCAAAUAAAGAGGAAAGCUGCAAAUGACCUGUUUGAUGAGAUAAAUCAAGAAAAAUCCAAACUGGGAGACUUGAGCUCCCAUGUCCAAUCGCAAAGACAAAGACUUGAGGAUGACAUGGAAAGAAGGAACCUUGUCCAAAAGGAAAUAGAGAGAAAGAACGAAGACUUGCAAAGACAAACACAAGAACUAGAAUUGGGCAGGAAACAAAUCCAAGCAGAACGAGAAGACUUGGAGGUUCUGAUAAGGUCGACAAACGAAAUGAAAGAAAAGGUCGAAGCUGAUGCUGGAAUGAUCUGUAAGGAACAAGAAGUGCUCAAUCAAAUAAAUAUGGACAAUGACAAAGACAGAGAAAUGCUUUCCAAUGAGCGGCAAAGAUUGGAAGGAGAAUGGUCACAGCUGAAAAUGAGAGAAGAGCAAAUCUUGAAUACAGAGAUGUCAACAGAAAAUCUGAGACUUAAACUCCUACACCUCAAAGAACAAAUGGAUAUGGACAUUAAACAGAAAAUGGACAGAUUACAACAAAACAGUGAAAAUGUACUAAACCUGUCUGCUGUAUUGGAACUGAAGCUUCUCGGCUUCAAUGAACAGAAGGAAAGCAUGACUGGAUUCUCAGAGACAUUUGAGAGGCAGAAGGAAGUUCUCAAACGUCUCCUGUCAGAAACCAUCACAAAGAGAAAAGACAUAGAAAGUCAAUGGAAGCUAAUGGUUGACUCUGGAAAACAAGAUGUGGAGAAGCUAAAGGAACAAAUGAACAAUGAAAGACAGGAUCUCCAAACGCUGAAAGACACCAUGAACACAGAGAAACAAGAGCUGGAGAACAUGAGAUCUGAAAUCCAGAAACAAAAAGACAUGUUAGAACAAACAGAAAACGACAUAAAAAACCAAAGUGACGAGCUGGAGAUCUCAAAGAGUGAGCUCCAAAUCAAGAUGAAAGCUGCAAACGACCUGUUUGAUGAGAUAAAUCAAGAAAAAUCCAACCUGGGAGACUUCAGGUUCCAUGUCCAAUCGCAAAGACAAAGACUUGAGGAUGACAUGGAAAGAAGGAACCUUGUCCAAAAGGAAAUAGAGAGAAAGAACCAAGACUUGCAAAGACAAACACAAGAAAUAGAAUUGGGCAGGAAACAAAUCCAAGCAGAACGAGAAGACUUGGAGGUUCUGAUAAGGUCGACAAACGAAAUGAAAGAAAAGGUCGAAGCUGAUGCUGGAAUGAUCUGUAAGGAACAAGAAGUGCUCAAUCAAAUAAAGAUGGACAAUGACAAAGACAGAGAAAUGCUUUCCAAUGAGCGGCAAAGACUGGAGGGAGAAUGGUCACAGCUGAAAAUGAGAGAAGAGCAAAUCUUGAAUACAGAGGUGUCAACAGAAAAUCUGAGACUUAAACUCCUACACCUCAAAGAACGAAUGGAUAUGGACAUUAAACAGAAAAUGGAAAGAUUACAACAAAACAGUAAAGAUGUACAAAACUUGUCUGCUGUAUUGGAACUGAAGCUGCUCGGCUUCAAUGAACAGAAGGAAAGCAUGACUGGAAUCUCUGAGACAUUUGAAAGGCAGGGGGAAGUUCUAAAACGUCUCCUGUCAGAAACCAUCACACAGAGAGAAAACAUGGAAAGUCAAUGGAAGCUAAUGGUUGACUCUGGAAAACAAGAUGUGGAGAAACUGAAGGAACAAAUGAACAAGGAAAGACAGGAUCUCCAAACGCUGAAAGACACCAUGAACACAGAGAAACACGAGCUGGAGAAUAUGAGAUCUGACAUCCAGAAACAAAAAGACAUGUUAGAAAUAGCAGAAAACGACAUAAAAAACCAAAGUGGCGAGUUGGAGAUCUCAAAGAGUGAGCUCCAAAUCAAGAUGAAAGCUGCAAACGACCUGUUUGAUGAGAUAAAUCAAGAAAAAUCCAACCUGGGAGACUUCAGGUUCCAUGUCCAAUCGCAAAGACAAAGACUUGAGGAUGACAUGGAAAGAAGGAACCUUGUCCAAAAGGAAAUAGAGAGAAAGAACCAAGACUUGCAAAGACAAACACAAGAAAUAGAAUUGGGCAGGAAACAAAUCCAAGCAGAACGAGAAGACUUGGAGGUUCUGAUAAGGUCGACAAACGAAAUGAAAGAAAAGGUCGAAGCUGAUGCUGGAAUGAUCUGUAAGGAACAAGAAGUGCUCAAUCAAAUAAAGAUGGACAAUGACAAAGACAGAGAAAUGCUUUCCAAUGAGCGGCAAAGACUGGAGGGAGAAUGGUCACAGCUGAAAAUGAGAGAAGAGCAAAUCUUGAAUACAGAGGUGUCAACAGAAAAUCUGAGACUUAAACUCCUACACCUCAAAGAACGAAUGGAUAUGGACAUUAAACAGAAAAUGGAAAGAUUACAACAAAACAGUAAAGAUAUACAAAACUUGUCUGCUGUAUUGGAACUGAAGCUGCUCGGCUUCAAUGAACAGAAGGAAAGCAUGACUGGAAUCUCUGAGACAUUUGAAAGGCAGGGGGAAGUUCUAAAACGUCUCCUGUCAGAAACCAUCACACAGAGAGAAAACAUGGAAAGUCAAUGGAAGCUAAUGGUUGACUCUGGAAAACAAGAUGUGGAGAAACUGAAGGAACAAAUGAACAAGGAAAGACAGGAUCUCCAAACGCUGAAAGACACCAUGAACACAGAGAAACACGAGCUGGAGAAUAUGAGAUCUGACAUCCAGAAACAAAAAGACAUGUUAGAAAUAGCAGAAAACGACAUAAAAAACCAAAGUGGCGAGUUGGAGAUCUCAAAGAGUGAGCUCCAAAUCAAGAUGAAAGCUGCAAACGACCUGUUUGAUGAGAUAAAUCAAGAAAAAUCCAACCUGGGAGACUUCAGGUUCCAUGUCCAAUCGCAAAGACAAAGACUUGAGGAUGACAUGGAAAGAAGGAACCUUGUCCAAAAGGAAAUAGAGAGAAAGAACCAAGACUUGCAAAGACAAACACAAGAAAUAGAAUUGGGUUGA